CGCGCAGAAAAUGCACUUUAUCAGCAAAACUUCAUCAACUCUACAUUUAACCCUGACUCCAAACAGACGGAGAACUGCAAAGCUGUAUUGACCGUGUACACUUGUUCAAACGUCCUUCAUGGGUCUGUUGUGUCACAAAAACCUGAAGAUCCAGUUUGUGAGCGGCCGAGCAGCAUAAGAGCUCAGGACACUUCAGAUCCUCACAGAUCUGACUCGCAGCUGCUGAGGAACACAGGAUGGCUCAUUAUAAUCCAUCCUUAUCGUCUCCAUCAGACGAGGUCAAUCUGGGUGUGUCGGCCAAUCCUCAUGCCAAACCCACUGACUUUGACUUUCUGGCUGUGAUUGGUAAAGGAACAUUUGGGAAGGUGCUCUUAGCAAAACUGAAAGCUGAUGGAAACUUCUAUGCCGUGAAAGUUUUGCAAAAGAAAGUUAUAUUGAAGAAAAAAGAGCAAAAGAAUAUAAUGGCAGAGAGGAACGUGCUGCUCAAGAGUCUGAAACACCCUUUUCUGGUCGGGCUGCACUACUCCUUUCAGACCCCGGAGAAGCUGUAUUUUGUCCUGGAUUACGUCAACGGUGGAGAGUUAUUUUAUCACCUGCAGAGAGAGCGGUGUUUCUCAGAGGCACGAGCUCGCUUCUACACGGCUGAGGUGGCCAGUGCCAUCGGAUACCUUCACUCUCUCAAUAUAGUGUACAGAGAUCUCAAGCCAGAAAACAUUCUAUUAGACCACCAGGGUCAUGUGGUGUUAACAGAUUUUGGCUUGUGUAAAGAAGGCAUAGAACCAGAAGGAACCACCACAACCUUCUGCGGCACUCCAGAGUAUCUGGCCCCUGAGAUCCUACGGAAAGAGCCGUAUGACCGCACUGUGGACUGGUGGUGUCUCGGAGCUGUGCUCCAUGAGAUGCUUUACAGCUUACCUCCGUUCUACAGCCAGGACGUGUCUGAGAUGUACGACGCGAUCCUGCAUAAACCUCUGCAGCUGGCGCCGGGGAAGUCGGAGGCCUCGAGUCACCUGCUCUACGGACUCCUGCAGAAAGACCAGCGUAGCCGGAUAGGAGCCAUUGCUGAUUUUUUGGAGAUUAAAAAUCAUGUGUUCUUUGCCCCCAUUAACUGGGACGACCUCUACCACAAGCGAAUCACUCCUCCAUAUAACCCAAAUGUGAGAGGCCCAGCAGACCUUCAGCACAUUGACCCAGAGUUCACCAGAGAGAUGGUGCCCAACUCUGUGGGCCGCACUCCAGACCCCACCCCCAGCCUGGCCACCAGCAGCUCCAACGCCUUCAACGGCUUCUCAUACAUCUCUGGAGAAGACGGCUUCCUCUGAGGCGCCGACCGACGAAGGCUUCUCUCACCGUCAUGUCACUGAGCGCUGGAAAAACACUGGACUGUAAUGAGGGCAAACGCACCUGUCGGAUGACGGGUUUUAAGAUGUGCUCAUUUUACAUUCAUCAUAAGAUAUCUCAUCAGUAUGCACUCAUGUUCGCUGUGUAAGACUAAAGGACAUUGCGGGAGAUGGAUUUGCUGAUUGCACCACUGGCAAAGCAGCUAUAGUUGCAAAAUCUGUAUCUUUUGGGGAUCGUGGAUCUGCGUGCCUUACUCUUGGCAACAUCCUCAUCUAACGUUCCUCAUCUGAUUACUGAAAAGCAUGGAAAAUUACACCUUUGCUUUGUAACGUUUUGUGCAAAACGUCCUGUAAGAGCAUUUCUUCUGUCAUUAAAAAUGUCAA